AGUUUGCUGGAGCUGAAAAAGAGCAGGACUUUUAAUGUACUGAACGACAAAGUGAUUCAAUAUACGCAAGAACACAAAGAAGAGAGGAAAUUGCUGAGAGAACUGGCUGAGUACGGGCUGACCGCGCCAGGACUAACAAGAGAACUUGCCAGCUCCAAGCAUCGAACACAAGAGGAACUGAGCCUGAAUUUGCAGAAAUUGGCAACUUUGCAAGACAAAGUGGCAAGGAUAAAAAAUGACACAAAGGUGCAGUUGGCGUAUUUGGCAAACUGGGAAGAAGCGCGAGUUGAGCAGGUUUGUCUGGCUCUUCAAAAAGAGGAAAAACUAAUCGAGGACCAACUGGACAAAGUCAACGAGGAUACGUCAAAUGAGCUCCGAGUGCAUUCCGAAUUACAACUAGCGCUGGAGAAAGCUAUUCUAAAAGUAGAAAAUUUGAAAGCCGAUUGGGAUGCAAUAUACGAUUUGGAUAUUAAGGAAAAGAAUGAGGAGUUGCAGCAGGCGCAGGAGAGACGAGAUGAAAAUCUUGAUAGGCUUAAGAACUUGGCAGCAGUUUACAAGGAUCACAAGAAAGCACUGAAGGAGUGGAAAGACUUUUGCUACAAAAGGCAGCUGGCUUUGGAAAAGUUGCGUUACGAGAAUUCAAUGGCAACGAAAAUACAGGCUUGGUGGAGAGGAACAAUGGUACGCAAGGGCCUGGGACCUUUCAAAAAGAAAAAGGGGCCCACUAAAGCAACAAAAAAGAAGUAAAUUUUGAAAUAACUCUAUAGUGGUAUAGUGUAUUUAGAAUUUAAAAAAUUCAUUUUGUAAGUUAAGAAUAUUCAAUAAAAAUUGUGUC